CCCACGAUAACAGGAAGUGUCGCUGAGUCCGAUAGAGGUCGCGGUAGGUGACAUCGGGUUCUUUUGGUUACCGCAGGAUGGCCGCUCUGGCGCUCUCUUAUCCGGUAUGGGGGUCCGCGGGAGCCCGGGCUGUACAUCGCUCCGUGCAACUGUGUAUAGGAGUGUGGCACUCUGCCAGAACAAGCACCAGUAUCCCACCACAGACCACUGGCUCAACCAAGAAACCUCUUAAAAAACCAAAAACACCGCAAGGGCGAUUUGAUGAAACUGAACAGUCUAGUGUGCAGAAAGACUCCCUAGAAAGAUACCCAGAUGAUGUCAAUCCCAUAACAAAGGAAAAAGGUGGACCUAAAGGACCAGAGCCUACUCGCUAUGGAGACUGGGAGAGAAAAGGACGCUGUAUAGAUUUCUAGAUUUUUGAUCGUUUUACCAGUAGCAGAUUAUUUAUAUACGAUUUAAGUAUUCUUAAUCACCUACGAGACUAUGUACUAUUUUGUUAAUUGUUGAGAAUUGCAUUUUAGGUCAAAAGGUAAUAUUGUAAAAAUUCAACAAGACAAUUAUGUUUUCAGAUUGUUUAUGCUUUGAUUUUCUGAUAAACCCUUCUUUAGUCAAUAGCCCUAUUAUUUUAAACAAGCUUCUAGGCUUAAAGUGCAUCAACCAUGUCCAAUAGGAAUAGGUCUUACUUUUGUGAGAAUGUGUAGAUUAUUAUUAACGAAAGCAGCAACCAGAGAUUUUUAUUUUUUUUAUAUAUGUUUAAAGUAAUCUAAAAAUUAUAAUAAUAGCCCAACCGAUAACAAACUUUUAUUUGACUAUCUGGUUGUAAAAUUCUCACAAGUGAUAGUCUGUCUUUAACACCCCUCUUCCCACGCAGAAGUCAAGUAACUUUUGUAAAAAGAAUUGUAUAAAUUGAAAAGUCAAUGUUUUAAAACCACAAGGACAUUAAGUUUUUUUUUGUAUGUUAUAUGUUCUGGGUAUAAAACUCACUAAGAGAGAACUAAUAUAUUGGGGCAGACGAAGGAUAUAUAGUGAUUGAAUAAAUGUGAAUGGUUCUGACUGAGAAAUAUGUGUAUAAUGUACAACAUGACAUAAUGUUUGAAAUUGGUGAUGCUUGUGGACCUAUAACAUUUCACAAUAAAACAUGCAAGGAAUUUGACAAACGUUGUUAUGGCCAGCAAACCUGCAGGAAAAAAGGCAACCAGGGCCCUUCUCAUUAAGACCAAGGAAAUGAUCUAGGUGCCAUGUCCCUCUCGUCUUAACCAAGCAAUGUAAAAUGUUGUUCUGAAAUGUUUACAUUGCAGGGUUUAAAUGCCUCUAGUGUCUGUCGUACUGAGGAGGACCCCAUGCAACACAGAUACGCAACUUCAAGAAGUUUACUCCUCACCUUACAUUCUAUUUUUUUUCUACAGAUUGUGAUGUCCCCUGUCAAACUAACAUGAUUUAUGUACAGUUUUAAAGAA